UGCAGGUAGGGUAAGUUAAGUAAAACUUAAAGGUGUGGUUAAACAUGGGCACAGCCCUGCCUUUUCUUGGUUUGUUUUUAUUUACCAUACUUUUUUCAAACCUCCCCCCCCCCUUUCUUUUUCCUCUCUAAGAAGGUGCUCUAGUUAGUGCCGCAACAUGGGUGUCCUUAAACAAGGCAGUGCUAAGUAACAUCUGCAAGGGUAGCAUAAAUUCAGUUGAUAGGAUAUUCUGACACAACCAGCAAGUUUGUAAAAUGUACCAACCUAAAGAAAGACUUUCAUGGCCACAUGUUUGAAACAGGUGCUUGAUUCUGUCUAGUGAAGGGCUGGAAUGUCUGGACACGUAUAGUACAAUACACCCAAAAUCCCUCCUUGAGUCACUUCCUGUAGAGUUUAUAGAUAGAAAGCAGAACUAGGCUAAGAGUGUAAGAAAAGGAAUAAAUAGUGAGGAAGGAAGUCAGAAUUACUGAGGUCUGCAUGGGCAAGGUUUUUUGGGAGGCCGCACUUUUCUGUGGAGAGAGGUGCAGGGUUUGGGAUGGAGGCUGGGUGUAGAAAGGAGCUCAGGGUAGGGGACUUGUCAAAGAGUUUGUGGGGCCCAUUGCGGCACACUGACAGCAGGGCCUGGCACCGGUGGAUGCUCUAGUUUAAGUUAAUCCCAGUUGAGGAGUUAGAGUCCAGCCCGGGCAGCACAAGUCGUUCCCUAGAUAUAUUCCACAACACCUCUAGAUUUAAGAAAAUUUCAAUGGGUGUCUAUUUCAGUCUCAUCUGCCAUGCUUUUACUGUUCACUAUGACAUCAUUAUACACUAUGGUAAAACUUUCAAUAGAAGCCACCAGAAUCUAUUAGUACAAACGGUCUGAGACCCCAGGCUUGUAUUAGAGAUCUGUUUAUUUGACAGAUCUUGCAUCUAUUAAAACCUCUGGUCAGUACUCCCGGUGUCUAACAGAGUAAAAGAAUAUUGAAGGUAAAUAUUUUCAUUUUGGAGUUUAUUGUACGAUUUUCUGUGUCUUGAGACCAUUUUCAAUACAGUUGAAGGUGAUUGUGUCAACUCCAUGUUUCAGUGAGCUGGUGUAAGUUUACCUCGUGUGAAACCCAGAGGUCCCUCUCCCCUGUUCCUGUCUCUGAUAUGUUACAAGACAUGGGGAGGUGGAAGGAAUUCUCUUAAUGGAGCAGGAUUUCUCUUCCCCUCACUCUGACGAGGGCAUCCCCCUAAGUAGGGAUGAUCCCAGACAUGGAAUCUCUUCUGCUUAGCCAGGGCAUCCUUUCUGUGGGGCAAGCUCCCAGUGUAGGACAGGGUCUGUUGCAAGCAGGAGCUGCUGCCAGCCCCACUCCUGGGGAGGAGGUUUCAUUGCGGGCUCUGUAGCUAGCUCCCUGGGAGCAGGGCUGACACGCCAUGCCAGUUUUGCUCCUGAGGAGCCAGCCAGGGACAGGGACUACUGCGUCCACCACAGACAGGGGCUGCUCUGGCAGUCCCAGCGGGGCUGGAGCAGCCCCCAACCUGGGGCAGGUGGGGAGCUGCUCAAUUCCCUACUGGUUAACCAGAACCUGUAAGCCUCACUCAUUAAGGCUAAUUCAGAGUCCCUAAUUCAGAGUCUGGGAGGGAGUUGACUUACAGGCGGAGGGGUGCAGAGGGUUUGGAUGAUGACCUGGGGCAGGGCGUGGGGGUGCCAGAGACAGGCUCUGGCUGGGAGGUACUUUUCUUGGCAGUUCCCGGGCAGCAGUCCUGCAGGAUCCCAAGGCAGACUCCCUGCUGCUCAAAACGGCUGGCUGCUCUCUGCUCCAGGGGGGAAUUAAACCAGUUUUAAUGUGCUGAAAGGUGCUAUAAAAAAGCAUGGAAGAUAAAAGGCGAAGAGCCAGAGUACAGGGUGGCUGGGCUGGACCUGUAAAGAGCAGCUCACAUUCAGCUUCUGGAACUUCUGCAGCCAGGAACCUUGUAUCUACGGGCACUAGUCAGACCUGGAUGAGACGAGAGCAGCUUCCAUCUGAAAGACAAUUUGUGUUUAAAGAACCAGCAGAGGUGGAACGCAAUGCUCCAGAGCCCAGAAUCAUAGAUGAACAAGGUCUGUAUGAGAUUAGCACAUCACCAACAGGAAUAUCUCGGGUUCAUUUGGUUCCUGGCUUCGUGGACUCAAAACAAGCAGACUGGAUGUUUGAACAACUCCUCCAAGAGAUCCCCUGGAGGCAGAGAACUCACCUCAGGCAAGAUCUGUCUUACAAGGAGCCCAGACUUACUUCCUGGUAUGGGGAACUUCCUUACACUUACUCCAGGUUAACAAUGCAGCCAAAUCCUACCUGGCAUCCUCUGCUAACCAUGUUGAAAGAGCACAUCAAAAAGGCCACCGGUCACACCUUCAAUUCUCUGCUCUGCAAUCUGUACCGGAACGAGAAGGACAGCGUUGACUGGCACAGUGAUGAUGAGCCAUCAUUAGGGAGAAACCCUGUCAUUGCCUCACUCAGUUUUGGUGCCACCCGGAUCUUUGAGAUGAGGAAGAAGCCCCCACCUUUCAAUAUUUCACUGUUUCCAGAACAGAAGUGGUCCCCCACACCAGUAAACUGCAUCAGUGGCUGUAUUCGUGUGUACUAUUCUGAUGAUAAAGUCCUUUGGGAACCUUUAGUUGGUGGAAGAGAAUGGGGACGGAUCCCCCUGCCUCAUGGGACUUUACUGAUAAUGGAGGGAGCUACCCAGGAAGACUGGCAGCAUCGGGUACCUAAGGAAUAUCAUGCCAGGGAGCCACGGAUAAACUUGACAUUUAGGACCAUUUAUCCAGACCCUGAGGGAAUGCAAAGAUGAAUGAAGACAAAUGUCUUGGUUAUUACUGGAUAGAACAUUGCAGCUGAUCUGAAGUCUCAGACCUGGUGCUGGUUUGGAGAAAAGAGCCAUAAUGGAUUUUUAGUUACCGUCAAACAUCUGAUAGCGAGAGGGGAGGAGGCUGUCAUCAUAGAGAACUGUGGCAGUCACACAUUUCCUGUAAUAUAUAGAUAACACUGUCAUUUUUCAGACAUGAGAUGCUAUUUGAUUUUGUUAAUUCAUAGACUUUGUUUGGUUUAUUUUAAAAAGCAAUAGUGACCUGUCCCCUCAGAGAGAGGUGAAAAUGCUUGCAUAAAUUAAAGAUGAGAGCAUUUACUCAUUGGAAAGCAGCUUCAGUGAUCAAUGCUUUUUAACCAUCACCCUCUUUAUCCUGGCAAAAUUGAAUGGAUUUUUAUAGCAGAGUCAAGUAACAGAUGAUAAUCCUUUUGUUCUAGUCUACAUGAAACUGUGCAGGUGUGUAUAUAAAUCUGUGAAAAUUAUUAUGUAGCACAUCAACUGAGAGGAUCUUGGAGCACUUAUUACUAUAACUUAACUCUUACAUGGGAAACAGAGACCUUUGCCAAAGUCUCACAAGUCAAUGGCAAAUCUAUGGGGAGAACUCAUGUCUCUUUACUUCCUGUCUGGGGCCUUACCCACUAGACCAUUUUGCCUUACUGCUUUAAAGUUAACCAAAAAAGUCACCCCUUCAAUGUUGGUGAAGGGGGGCUUCAGAUUUUGAGACGCUUUGAGAUACUUAGGGUCUAAUUUUUUCAGCAAUACUGAGCAUUUGCUACUUCCUUGGACUUCAGUUAGAGUUAUGAGUGUCCAGCACCUCUGAAACUCUGGAUAUCUCAAAUUGGGUCACCAAAACUACUGACUGCUUUUGAAACUUUGAACCUAAAUUAUUUGUCCUUUGUUGUGAGAACAUACCGCUCCCGACUUCUCAUCUUGUGCUCUAUUAGAAAAUGUUCCUGUGUGUAUAUAUAUAUAUAUAUAUAUAUAUGUAAUUACACAAACACAAGUUGUAGUGAAAAAUACUUCUAUCAAACCUCAUGUAUUCCUAACAGGCAAGUAGCAGCUAAAACCAAGAUCCGGAUAGUCUUGCAGGAAUUCUUAAGAGCUUGCCUUGCCUAUCUGCCUUGCCUGCUAUUGAAACCAUGAAUUCAUGGUUACUCUUUUAUACAAAGCCAGUUAUGCUCUAUAUAUUGCUAAAUACUCUCUGCAGUUGUUUGUCAGCUAUGAUGGACUGCAGGAUGAUAAGUAUUCAUUGUCUAUAUAAUGUGGGACUGCAAGUAUUGAUAAACAUUCUGUGCAUUGUCUGACAUGAAUUAAGCUAAGCUUGAUGCCCCUCUUUGUUGUCAGAGUAAGUAAGUGUUUAGAAAAAGUCUUUCUGAUUAGCCAGUGGUAUCAGGUGCAUUAUGGAAGAAAAUUAUUCCCUGCUGACAACAGUCAAAUGACUAAUCGUGUGCUAUGUGUAAGUUUUCAUUUUUACUGGUGAUUGUAAAGGAUAAACUCUUAAGCCACUGCAGUAUUCAAACUCUAAAUUGGGCAGAAUUGAUUUCUCAGUGACUCACACAAGUAUAAUACUGGUAUGAUGUCUGCCUAAAGUCUGACAGCAUUUAAAACUGCUCGUAUUUCUAAAGUGCAUGAAUGUGAAGGGGAAAGAGCUAUUAAAGUGAAGGGGUUCUAUAGAUAACUUUGGGGGAAUAGGGAGUUGCAUUUUUUUGGGGAGGGGUUUCACCCUGGUUUCCUGAUGUUAUCCUCAUUUAAUUUCUUAUUUUCAGUUUUAAUUUCUUUCUUUCUUCCUUCCUUUGUGUUGAAGGAUACAGCUAUUUGCUUUGCUUUCUGUUCUCUUCUGGUGCCAUGUGCAGACUUCUGGUGCAAUGUUGGGUGAUGUAGUUUCUACAAAGAGAACUAUUUCUCAUUAAGCAGGUGCCUGAGUUAACUCCUCCCAGAGGCCUAUCCUUAUAUCUUAACUUGCAUUGCUGCCCUCACAGUUCACUGAACCUGUGUUGAAUAUAAUUUUGUACAGCACUACAUCCAGGGAGAUGCACAUUCCAAUGGUUACUUCAGAGCAGUGAGCCUUCUCUACUGCUGUCUGUAAUAUCUUGUGGGUGAAAAGAGGGGUGAGGGACAUCAUCUUCUUUGAGUAAGCUGCAAGAAUGCUUACCCUGCCAAGUCCAGAGACAGGGCCAGAUGCUCGGUGGUGUAAUUUACUGUAGCUCAGCUGAAGUCAAUGGAGCACUGACAUUUUACUCUAAAUGAAGGUCUGACCCAUGGAUUCUAAUCCUGCCACUGACUUCUUUCUGCCCUUUGAUUGGGUUUUUAUACAUUCAUUCAUAUUUCACUAAUAAUUAAUAACUUUCACAUUAGGAAUUUAAAUGCUCAAAAAGUGAGGCAGUGGAAGAAAUUAAUGUUUCUGUUAACAUUAACUCAGCCAUCCUAUACAUCUCGUACGUUUUCCGGUUUGCAUGAAUUCAUAUUUAUGAAGGCAGAUAUCUAUCCAGAAACCAAUAAUACAGCACACAUGCAGCGUGUACGUGUUCAUAAUUACUACAGUAUGAGAACCACAGUUUUUGCCCUUAAACCUGUGAAAGUAAUGAGAUUUGUAACCUUAACAUAAUUUAUAUUUUAAUUUCCCUGUGGAUUCCUAAGAGAGCCUACUCUUCAGGUGCUGAAAGUUUCACAGUAGAUAGGCCAACUCCUUUGGACCUAAAAGCCAUGCAUAAGCACCCAGAUUCUCUCCUGAGCUGGGAUUCAUCUGGCCCAAGAGAGCUUACAGGCUGCUCUAACUUAUGCACCAGCUGGCUGUGUUUACUGUAGAAUCACAUUUUAGUUGAGAACUGGUGGAGGAAAACAUGCUGUGCCAUGCUCUCUCUUGUCCCAUACAUCAUAUGGGUGGGGAAGUUGUCAUUAAAACUGAUUAUGCCUCUUCAUGGCAGGUGUGAACUUCCCCACACUGGAGAAAUCAUCAGUUAGCCAGAUAGGGCAACAGACUACCGUCUUUGCACUGCGUAAGCAGCAAAAAAUGGCCAAAAUAGGCAGAGAGAAUCUGGCCCAGUGUUUCAGCAUUGAAAUCGAUCUACAGAUACUAUUUCUGUUUAGAUACCAGCACUGAUACUUAAUAGAUCCCACAGUUAUUAUGCACAAAAGUAAGACUGCAAUGUUCAUAACACGGGUUUAAUGUGGGUGAGGUGGUGUGUCCUGGCAACCGAAAGGCAUAGGCCUCAUUGAGGACCAGCAAAACUGAAAAUUUCAAGUAAUAACUUCAGCUGUGUUUUUUUCAUUCUUUGAGUAAAACAGCGACUGAAAAUUUCAAAGAUGUUUGAAGGGUUUUUUUGCUCCAAUUUUACAGAUUGAAAAAAAAAAUCCCUUCUUGGAGGGAUGGAGACUGAAUGUGAAAUGUUUCCUCCACAGGACUUAUUUCAGAAUUAGAAUACACCCCUCCCAGGCCAUAGUGUCUUUCUGUUUCAUCCUAGGCCUGUAUAACAGACUGCAGAGCAUUUCCAGACCGAAAAACAAAACCAGUUAGAGGGACUGAAGGAUGUUUCCCUAUCUUUUGCCAUAACCUUGUAUUCCUGGAGUACUUGCAUUGGGUACUGGGGAGAUGAAUGGGUAACCAUUACCCAGGGAGCAACCCUCUGCCCGCGGCCCACUGUCUGUCUUUUUAUGACAAAAUCUGUUUGAAGGUAGGGUUUGUUGUUUUUUUUAAAAGUAUUUCAUUUGUACCGUGUCAGAUGAAUCUUCUCAAUUUUUAUUUUUCUCCCUUCGACUAAGUUACCUCCUCCUGAACAUGAAUUCAGAGAGAUACAACAGCAGCAAAGGAGUUAAGCUGAAGAGUCCCAUGCAGCAAUCUUGGCAGAGAGCUGUAGAUUUUCCUCAUGGGGUUUACGACAAGUGACAGAUGAUAGGUGCUCGUACAGCCCAGAAUAUCCUCUUUGAGUGUUGGCAUCAUUGACUUGGCUAAAAAUCAUUUAACACGAGCUUUGCCUUUUCUGGUCAUAAACACUUUCAGCCUCGAAAUGGAAGCUGAAUGACUGAGUCUUUUUUAAAUUGUUCUUUUUAAAUGCUCCAAGUUUCCAUAGCAACCUAUUCCAUUUGUUUAAAUUGGUGCUAACUGGCCCAUCCUCCCUUCACCAGACUUCUGCUGCAAACUUACAUGCCUGUUGUCCCAUUUCCUGUCAAGCUGCAGGGUGCCUUUGCUGAAUUUAUUGCGUUAGCAAUGAGGGGCUCCUUGUGAAGGAUUCGCUCUCCUCAGAGUUCCUUCAGAAACAGCGGAAUCAUCUAGCUGGUUGAGUGCCAGAUUUCUGUUGCUUUGCUUGUUGACCUAUUUGAUAUGCCUAUUUCUUGUUCCUUCUAAUGUUUGUCUGAGCUCUGGGUAACUAUUACAAGUAACUUUUAAAAGGAGGUUAGGGCUAUAUGCUGAUGACCUUUGAGCAGGCAUGAAAUUGGGCUUCCUUGUGUGAUUCCACAGAACAGUUACAAUUCCUUUCUUAAAUAUAGGAAAAUUGGGUUGUAAUGAAGUUUAAUGAGGGGGAAAUAAGAAAGGAAGGGUCUUGCACAGAAUAGUUAUUUGAUUUAGAUUCCCUGGAUGAUUUGCUGGUAUACCCCCAGAAGCACUAUUAUGGAUAAUCAA